AUCCAGCCUACAUUACACAUAAUUAUCGGAUCCUUUAGUAGUUAAUUUAGUUAAUUAAUUCGAUUUAAUUGUUAAAUCGAUCUGUUUGGGUUUGGAUUAGGAAAUCGGAGGUAGAAUUCCUCUAGAAUAGAUGAUCAGGGAUCCGUGUCUUGCUGAGCUUUCUGCUCCAAUGAACGGAUUCAGAGUCGAUGAUUGGUCCGGUUCUUAUCAGAACCUCGGCAACGGCAACGGGUUCAAACUCAAGGAGCCCUUUGUAAACGGCAAUUUCGUCGACCUUCCUUUGCUUGCCCCUUAUUCAAACUCUUCUUGUGUUAUUCCCACUGCUCCACCUCCGGUCGUGAUACCUGAGGAAGAAUACCCUGAAGAUUGCGAUUUCUCUGAUGUAGUUCUUAAGUACAUAAACCAGAUUCUUAUGGAAGAAGACAUGGACGAGAAGACCUGCAUGUUGCAGGAGUCCUCCGCCCUUCAAGCUGCUGAGAAACCUUUCUAUGAGGUCCUUGGCAAGGAGUAUCCCCCCUCGCCCUCGCUCUUGCCCUUGCCCGAGUCCUACCAACCCCAUCCCAAUUUCGACCACGAUGCCGAAAGCCCCGACGACCUUUUUACUGCUAACACCUUCACUAAUGGUAACAUCAGUGGCAGUUAUGGUUUCGGCGACGCACUGGAUUCAAGCCACAGGUUUUCCGUUCUCGGCGAAUACAACUCCUCCUUCUGGUCGGAGGCGGUCUCCCCUUACUAUACAUCUCUGUACACUGCCCAUUCUUCCAAUGGUGUCACAAGCAUCGUAGAUGGUGCGUGUGAGUUCGUGGAGUCUCCAUUUAGUACACAACGGAUCAUCCCGGGUUUGUUUAGCGAGAGCGAGUCUGUUACGCAAUUCAGGAGAGGAGUGGAGGAAGCUAGUAAGUUCCUUCCCAAUGGUAAUGAGCUGAUCUUUAAUCCAGAGAAGCGUGGGUUUUUACCUGAGAGUGAACCGGUCAAGGUGGGGACGAAGGAUGAGAGAAGGUAUUCAACCACUGGGGUUUCCAAGGGAAGGAAACAUAUUUAUGGGGAGGACCCGGAUUUAGAAGUGGGGAGGAGAAACAAGCAAUCAGCAGUUUACACAGAGGCGGCGGAGCGGACGGAGAUGUUUGAUAUGGUGUUGCUGUGUGAACCUGGAGGGAAGUCUACACUCCGUGAAGCCUUGCAGAACGGAGGAGACAAGAAUGGGCCGUCGAGUGGGAAGACGCGUGGUAAGAAACAGGGGGAUAAGAAGGAAGUGGUAGACUUGAGGACCCUUCUCAUCCAUUGUGCAGAGGCGGUCGCAGCCGAUGAUCGAAGGAGUGCUAAUGAACUAUUGAAGCAGAUCAAGCAACACUCCACUCCUUACGGGGAUGGAUUGCAGAGGUUGGCUAAUUAUUUUGCAGAUAGCAUCCAAGCACGGUUGGAUGGUACAGGGAGCCAGCGUUAUAUAGGUCUCUCCAACCUAAGAACAACAGCGGCAGAUAUUCUCAAAGCUUACCAAUUGUAUCUUGCCGUGUGUCCGUUCAAGAAGUUUUCUAACUUCUUUUCGAACGAAACCAUUUUGAAUGUGGCUGAGAAAGCAACGAGGCUCCACAUUGUAGAUUUUGGGAUCCUUUAUGGGUUUCAAUGGCCUUCCCUGAUACAAAAACUUUCCAAGAGACAUGGAGGACCACCCAAGCUUCGGAUAACUGGGAUUGAAAAUCCCCAAAAGGGUUUCAAACCAUCAUCGAGAGUUGAAGAAACUGGGCUUCGAUUGGCUAAUUAUGCCAAGACUUUCAAUGUUCCUUUCGAGUAUAAUGCAAUUGCACAGAAAUGGGAAACAAUUCAACUUGAGGAUCUCAAGAUUGAUCGUGAUGAGGUACUGGUUGUCAACUGUAUGUACAGGUUCAGGAACUUGCUGGACGAGACGGUGGUGGUGGUGGAUGAUAAUAGUAGUAGUCUUCCUCCAAGGAAUGCAAUUCUUAACCUGAUAAAGAGACUGAACCCAGAUGUUUUCGUCCAAGGGGUUCACAAUGGUGCCUACAAUGCCCCCUUUUUUGUUACUCGAUUUAAGGAGGCACUUUUCCACUUCUCUGCAAUCUUUGAUAUGCUUGAAAUGAAUAUAGGACGUGAGGUUAAAGAGAGGAUGUUGCUAGAGAGAGAGAUCUUUGCUAGGGAGGCAAUGAAUGUGAUAUCGUGUGAGGGGUCAGAGAGGCUUGAGAGGCCUGAGACAUACAAGCAGUGGCGGAUCCGGAAUCAGAGAGCUGGACUUAAGCAGCUCCCAUUGAACCCAGUUAUCAUGAAGAAGGCAGGGGAUGAGGUGAAAACAAGUUACCACAAGGAUUUUGUUAUCGACAAAGAUCGCGAUUGGAUGCUCAUGGGAUGGAAAGGACGGAUUAUUUACGGGCUUUCAACUUGGAGAUCAUCUUCUGUGUGUGAUUCCUGA